AUGGCAACUGGUACUAACAAGAGAAAGACAAGCUCACCACCUGCUGGCUACGUCUGCAAUCUUUGUAAGAUAGGAGGCCAUUGGAUUCAACAAUGUCCCCAAAAAUCCAAGUCGAAGAAAAGAAAGACAGGCCACAUCCCAGUGCCUGGCGUGGAUCCAUCGCAAAAGGAUAUCGAACUAGCAAGAGAGCUACAGAAGCUAAAAGCUCCAAACUGCUUUUGCGGCAAACCUUCGCGUCUAAAGAAAGUUAAAAAAUCAAAUGUCAAUGAAAAUUCAAGGGCAGUUGGGAAGUACUUCUUCUUCUGUGCAUCCAAGAAAUCAGACGAUCCCUGUCGUUUCGCGAGACCUGUAAAAGAACAUCGCCAACGCAGCAAGGGCCAAAGUGCCAAGGCGGAUGAAAGCAACCCGACAAUUAACGAAAAAACAGUCGAAUCAGCAGCACAAGAUCCAGGCGCCAGUUGCUCAGGCAAUGAUGACGAAGACAACAACGAUCUUGCGAGCAAGAAAAAGUCAGGCAAGACCGAAGAGUCGCCUCCUCAGGUCUCAGAUGGUUCAAAGAGUGGAGACAGCUCUAGCGAUACCUCUAGUGUUGAUACCUCAAGCGUUGGCUCUAGUAGCUCAGAUGACAGCUCUGAUGAAGAGUAG